AGUCCACUGCCAGUAUGUCAGAAUCUCUGAUCAUCAUGUGAAUAGAUAAACAAGUGUCCCACAGUUUUUUUACUUUUCGUUUUCAGAAGAUGAGGACAGAAGUGAUAGAAGGCAACAAUAGCAAACCUAGUGCUCCUCUGCUGGCUCAACGGUACCCAAGAAUGGUCACUAAAGAUGGGCAUAGCACACUCCAGAUGGAUGGUGCCCAAGGAAAAGGACUUGCAUACUUAAAAGAUGCUUGGGGAAUACUAAUGGAUAUGCGCUGGAGAUGGAUGAUGUUGGUAUUUUCUGCUUCUUUUGUCCUCCACUGGCUUGUUUUUGCAAUUCUCUGGUACUUCUUAGCUGAAAUGAAUGGGGAUCUGGAGAUUGAUCAUGAUGCCCCACCUGAAAACCAUACUAUUUGUGUAAAGUACAUCACUAGCUUUACAGCUGCUUUUUCCUUUUCGCUGGAGACACAGCUCACUAUCGGUUACGGCACAAUGUUCCCAAGUGGAGACUGUCCAAGUGCAAUUGCUCUACUUGCUAUACAAAUGGUACUGGGUCUAAUGCUGGAGGCCUUUAUCACAGGUGCAUUUGUAGCAAAAAUUGCCCGACCAAAGAAUCGAGCUCUCUCCAUCCGGUUCACUUAUCUUGCAGUGGUGACACACAAAGAAGGAAAGCCAUACUUAAUGUUCCAAGUGGCUAAUACUCGCCCAAGUCCACUCACCAGUGUUCGGAUUUCUGCAGUUCUUUAUGAAGAACGUGAAACUGGUCAACUGCAUCAAACUACUGUGGAUUUCCAUUUGGAUAGCAUCACUUCUGAAGAGUGCCCAUUUUUUAUUUUUCCCUUGACCUAUUACCAUUCUAUUACACCAUCAAGUCCUCUAGCCAUUGUUCUACAAAGGGAGGCUCAUCAUCAUUUUGAGCUAGUAGUCUUCCUUUCAGCCACACAAGAGGGCACAGGGGAAAUAUGUCAAAGGAGGACAUCCUAUCUCCCAUCAGAGAUUGUAUUACAUCACCACUUUGCGUCUAUGCUGGCUCGAGGUGCUAAAGGGGAAUAUCAGAUCAAAAUGGAAAAUUUUGAUAAAACAAUCCCAGAACUUCCAGCAGCAGACACUAAAAGUUCAAAAAGGACUGAAAUGGAGAUUCGCAUCAAUGGACAGCACAUUGACAGCUUCCAAAUCUGUGAGACUCAGAUGACAGAAUAA